AGCUCAACCUCUCGCUGACAGCCUUUUUACACUAGAGCUGCGUCUAUGACUUGAUAGCGGGGGACACGGCAGACAAGGCCUGGUCAGACAGGUCAUACACAGGGGCCUUCCCGCACUGACACCGCGUGGUCUGUUAUCUGAUUGCACGACAGGCAAGAGAUAUUUGGGAUGACCGGACGGAUCUCGAACCUAGCAUCAUCGCCCAAUCUAGCCCUGGCGCGAGGAACGCGCAAGCGACAAUCACGGAAUGACAGGGGUAUAACUUGAGAUUGCUAUCGUGUCCCGCCCCUCAGCUGGUUCUAUAUAAAUACUGUUCUUGCGCUGUCUGCUUCUCAUUCUGCUCGGGGUUCUUUUGACUUGAGUACAUUAAUCUCGACCUGUACACGAACCGGCCGGCUAGCGAUAGAGCCAUCAUCACGAUGGGGCGAAAGCUUGGUCUCUUCCGGGCUAUUUGCCUUGUGUCUGCUAGUUGCAUGGGCUCUUUCGCCUUUGCCUUUGACACGGGUGUCAUCAGCGGCGUCCUCACCCUAUCCUCAUUUCAGAAGGAUUUCGGAUAUACUACAGCUCAGAAGACCUCGGUGAAUUCCAAUGCUGUUUCUAUUCUUCAGGCAGGCGCUUUCUUCGGCUGCUUCUUCACGACUCCCAUAGCGAAGUAUCUCGGUCGACGGCUUGGGCUCAUUGUCAGCUCAUUGGUCUUUACUGUUGGCACCAUCCUGCAGGUCGUCAAUUCCCACACGCUGGGCACCUUCUAUGCUGGUCGUGUUAUCGCCGGACUCGGGAUUGGAGCGGCUACUGUAUUGAUUCCAGUGUACGCGGCCGAGAUGUCGCCCAAAGAGUUCCGGGGUCGGCUCGGGGCAUGCUUUCAGCUCUUCUUCACCUUGGGGGUCAUGAUUGCAUACUGGGUGACAUACGCUGUGGCCAAGGAUCAGCCGUCCGCGACCAAACAAUGGCAGAUCGCGCUGGGUCUACAACUGCUGCCUUCUUCCCUCCUUCUGUUCGGGAUGUUGGCCGUCAAAGAGAGUGCCCGUUGGCUUGCUUCUAAGGGCAGGAUUGACCAAGCCCGCGAAUCGCUCAAAUGGGUCCGCGGAGGCGAGGAGACCGAAGAGCUUCAACAGGAGUUUGACGAGAUCCUGGCCGGUAUUGCAGAGGAAGCCCGUAUUAAAGAGGGCUUUACUUUUCGCGAGCUGCUUCUCCCAGCCAACCGGUACCGCCUGUUUAUUGCCUUUACUAUCCAGCUCGCAGCUCAACUCACGGGAAAUACGUCCCUUGCCUACUACGCGACGCAGAUCUUCUCGGCGGUCGGCGCCGGCAAUUCCAGCAAGCUCGUGACGGGCUUCUUCGGGCUGGUCAAAGUGGUUGGCGUGUGCGUCUUCCAGCUCUUCGUCCUCGACCGCGUCGGCCGCCGCUGGCCGUUCAUGGUUGGCGCCGCCGCCAUGGGCUCCUUCAUGCUCAUCAUCGCCUGCGUGCUCGCCACCCACCCGACCAACGCCUCCGCGACGCACGCCUCCCCGGCCGGUAUCGCCAUGAUCCUCAUGACCUACUGCGAAGCCUUCAGCUACAACAUGUCCUGGGGACCGCUCCCCUGGCUCUACGUCGGGGAGAUCUUCAGCAGUCGCAUGCGGGAGAUCGGGGUCACGGUGGGAGCAGCGUCGCAGUGGUUGUUCAAUUUCAUGAUGUCACAGAUCACGCCGCAUGCGAUCGACAACAUCGGGUGGCGGAUGUUCCUGAUGUUUGCCAUCUUUAACUAUGCGGUGGUGGUCUAUGCGUAUGUGUUUUUGAAAGAGACCUCGCAAUACUCCCUAGAAGAGAUGCAGCACGUCUUCGGUGGAGAUAAGCCUCCUGGGGAGGAGAAAAUCGUAGAGGCGGGCGAGGCGGGUCGGAACUCCAGGGAAGUACCGGAGGAGACGGGUGGGCACACGCAUGUCACCACGCCGAAGGUGGAAUGAGGUCGGGGUCAGUGGGGGUGCAUAGGGCGGGGGAUGAUUCCUGACCGUCAUCGACACAGUUGA